GUAAUUCAUAGUCCAAAAAUGAAAUAACCCAGUAUUUUCCAAAUGAGCAACCUAAAGGCUCCUCGCGGUAAUUGCUCGGAAACUUACAUUGCAAGUGCGACUGCGGGCAGGUUGCAAUUAUAUUCUUUUUCCACCAAAAAUUAAAACAGAAGAGGGGCGUCAGGAUUCAGAGGUUACCAGAGGUGGCCGAGUAGCGCGACGGCGCGACGAAGGAUAGCAAUCAUCCAUGGAAGCAAAAGCUAUCCCGCUACCAACUCCCUACACCAUGGGGGGAUUCCACCUCUCUCACAGGGUUGUCCACGCCCCCCUCACAAGGUCGAGGUGCUAUAACAACCUUCCUGGAGAGCAUGUCGCGCUGUACUACUCGCAGAGGGCAUCCAAGGCUGGCCUGCUGAUUGCUGAAGCCACUGGGGUCUCUCAAACCGCUCAGGGGUACCCCAAUGCACCAGGCAUAUGGACCAAGGAGCAGGUGGAGGCUUGGAAGCCGGUGGUGGAUGCAGUGCAUCGGAAGGGCGGGGUUUUCUUCUGUCAGAUAUGGCAUGUUGGGAGGGCGUCUACUUAUGAUUAUCAGCCCAAUGGACAAGCACCAGUUUCUUGUACGGACAAGCAGAUCAUGCCUCAGGUUCUCAAGGAUGGAACUGUGGAGGAAUUCUCUGCCCCAAGGAGGCUUAGAGAAGAUGAAAUCCCUCAAAUCGUCAGUGAUUUUCAGCUUGCUGCUAGGAAUUGCAUUGAAGCAGGCUUUGAUGGGGUUGAAAUCCACUGCGCAUUUGGCUACCUAAUUGAGCAGUUCAUGAAGGACAGCGUCAAUGACAGAACGGACAAGUAUGGUAGAAGCAUGGAAAACCGCUGUCGCUUUGCUCUUGAGGUAAUUCAAGCAGCCAUCAAUGAGAUCGGAGCAGAGAGGGUUGGUGUCCGUCUCUCACCAUACUCAAACUGUCUGGACUGCUGGGAUUCAGACCCAGACGCACUCGGUCUGUACAUGAUCCACGCCAUGAACAAGCUGGGUGUCCUCUACUGCAGCAUGGUUGAGCCUGAGGUGGUCAAAGUGGAUGGCAAGGUGCAAAUCCCUUACAAGCUGUUGCAUUUCAGGAAGGCUUUUGCUGGUCCUUUCAUUGUUGCCGGAGGAUACAACAGGGAAGAAGGCAACAAGGCAGUUUCCGAGGGUUACACCGACCUAGUGGCAUAUGGCAAAUGGUUUCUGGCGAACCCAGACUUGCCGAAGCGGUUUGAGCAGAAUGCACCUCUGAACAAGUACGACAGAUCAACGUUCUACACUCCUGAUCCAUUUGUCGGGUAUACCGAUUACCCUUUUCUUGAUCUUUCGUCUGUGUGAUUCCUUGAGAACAAAAUUGGUGCUAUAUAUACUUGAUAUUGACAUGGAAUCCCAAAUUAAAUAAAAUUGUUGAACACGCUGGAGAUUAUGAACUC